UCUCUCUCUCUCACGCGCUCGCGCACUUUGCAGUCACGUGACGAGCCUUCGCGCGCAGUCUCGAGGAGAGCAUAUAUCUUACUGCACCUUCCACACACCACCCCCCUCCUCUACCUCCUCCCGGGAGAGAACACCUUGGAGGUGAGCCUGGACCUUUUCAUUUCCUCGGAGCGGGUUCCUCCCGAGAGCUACCUUACCCGCCACCAGGCUCCCUUUCGUCGGCUUUUCCACUCACCUCCGCCGGCAUAGGAAGGAAGGAAGGAAGGAGGGAGGCGGAGGGAUCGAUGAGUCGCGAGCCGCCGCGGCACCAAAAGGAUGCUGGUGAGGUGGCUGGAGAGUGAUGACCAGGCACACACACAUGCACACACACACACACGUACAUGUACACACCAUUCUUCAAAUCUUGCCCCCUGCUAAGUAAGACGGGGAGGGGAGAGAAUCCUGCAAUGACGAUGUCAUUUCUCUCCGUUAGCGGUGUGUGAGCCGUACAAAACGCACGCGCUCGAGCUCCGUGGGGAGUUUUCCUGCGUGGGGUGGGGGGGAGCGGGCCCCUAUCUGGGCCACCAAGAUGGAGUUCACGUCCGUUUGGGCGCACGUGUAAGAUGGCGAAUGAAGGACUGAGCGGAGGAUGAAAGAAGGAUCCCAAGCGUCACCUCGUUAGGAACGCAGGGCGCACCUGAGACACGUCCCUACAAAGUGCCGUCACCAUGAGCGCUGUAGAGCACGCUCCCCAGCUCUAGCCUCCCCCCCCCUUCUUUCCGCCAGUGUGUGUGAGUGCAAGCGUGCGCGCAUGAGUGUGAUGGCGAUGUGCGUCUGGGCGGCGGCCCCUCUGCUCUUCCUGGGCCUGUGCCUGUGCAGCGUGGGGGGCCAGGCCCAAGGCGAGGUGCUGGAGUUCGGCGCCGUGUCCAACCAGUGGGGCCGCUUCCCGGUGUGGAACGCCUGCUGCGAGAGCGUGCUGAGCUUCAGCCUGCGGACGCACAGCCAGGAGGGCCUGCUGGUCUACCUGGACGACGAGGGCUUCUGCGACUUCCUGGAGCUGCUGCUCCUGCGCGGCCACCUGCGCCUGCGCUUCUCCAUCUUCUGCGCCGAGCCCGCCGAGCUGCAGUCGGGCGUGGCGGUGAGCGACGGGCGCUGGCACGCCGUGCGCGUCACGCGGGACUGGAAGAACACCUCGCUGGAGGUGGACGGGCGGCUGGAGGGCUGGGCGGAGGUGAAGAGCAAGAGGAGAGACAUGACGGUGUUCAGCCACACCUACGUGGGCGGAGUGACGUCGGAGCUCCACUCGUCGCCCCUGCGCCUCACCUCGCCGUCGGUGCGGGAGCACCCCGCCUUCCGUGGCUGGAUCACGGCGGUGAGCAUCAACGGCUCGUUGGUGGCGCUGGACAGCUCCGAGGGCGUCACGGUAACGGCCGGCUGCGGCCCGGACCACCAGUGCCAAAACGGCGGCGUGUGCAGCUUGGUCAACGACCUGGCCGUCUGCGACUGCUCCGACACCGGUUACCAAGGCAACGACUGCAGUGAAGGUCUGGCACACCUGAUGAUUGGCGACCAAGCCACACACACACUCACUCCCCCCCACCCCCUCAUUUUCAUCACCACGUGGCGCAGGAGGAAGUUGUCUCUCUAGGCAGUGAACCAAGUAGGAAAGCUCAGAGGUAAGCUGCUAGUGCAUGCGUGUGUGAGUGUGAAGCUGCUCAUUCACAUGCCAGCAUGCGUGUGAAUGAUUGGGAGCUCCAACCAAGGGUGCGAUAAACUCAAAUCUGAAGGUAGGUUGGCCCUGCAUGACGCUGAUGAAUACACUGAUUGGCCCACAUGACAAACGGGUCCCACUGCGACUCGGCUGGCGCGUCGCUCUUUGAUUGGACGAGAGAACACGAUGACGGCCUGUCUCCCAUUGUGUCAGGGUCGGCAUGCGUCCAAUGAAACGCGCUAUUAAGCGAAACAUGUCGUCGAAAAAGCGGGCGUAAGGAAAUAUCUUGAAUGCAGCACAAA